GGUUCAUUGGUCGAUGCCCGUGUCUGUCAGCGGGAGAGCUCCUACCUGUCACUUCCUGCUGUCGGUUUUGAUUUAUUUUCACUUUUUAUGUCGCGGCCCGUCGCUGCCAUGUUCGUGUGUUUCUUUUAAUUUGUCCGGCUCGCCUCGUGGAUGAUUCUUCACGGCCUCCGUGUCCGGCUGAAAGGAGGAGUCACUCCCCUCCCCCCGCACACUGCCAAAUACGCUGCGUGGAUCAUCAUCCUCUGCGUGCACUCCCCGUGCGUGCGUGGAAAGGCAUGGAUGACAGGCGAUGUGUGCCCGUGUCGCGCUGACCUAUGCGCGCCAUCAACCCCUCUGUGAGCAUGUAUCGCAGGAACGGCCUCUCUGACGGCACCAGCAUCAACUCCUUCACCUCCGAGGCGAGCAGCAGCUCUGAUUCUUUGGAUGGACCGUGCUUGAAUUAUGCCAAGAGUUAUGACGCGGUGGUCUUUGACGUGCUGAAGGUGACACCUGAGGAGUUUGCUAGCCAAAUCACCCUGAUGGAUGCACCGGUAUUUAAAGCAAUCCAGCCGGAGGAGUUGGCCAGUUGUGGAUGGAACGGGAAGGAGAAACAUGGUUUGGCUCCAAACGUGGUUGCUUUCACACGCCGGUUUAACCAGGUUAGCUUUUGGCUGGUAAGAGAAAUACUAACCGCCCAGACCCUGAAAAUCCGUGCAGAAAUCCUCAGCCAUUUUGUCAAAAUAGCAAAGAAACUGUUGGAGUUGAACAACCUCCACUCGCUGGUGUCAGUGGUGUCGGCUCUGCAGAGUGCUCCCAUAUUCAGACUCAGUAAAACCUGGGCGUUGAUCAGCCGCAAAGACAAGGCCACAUUUGAGAAGCUGAACUACCUGACAUCGAAGGAGGAGAACUAUACCCGCAUGAGAGAGUACAUCCGCUCCCUGAAGAUGGUACCGUGCAUUCCUUACCUCGGGAUCUACCUUUUGGAUAUAAUCUACAUCGACUCAGCCUAUCCUGCAUCAGACAGCAUCAUUGAGACGGAACAGCGAACUAAUCAGAUGAACAACCUUCUGAGAGUCAUCUCUGACCUACAGAUGUCCUGUAACUAUGAUCACCUGCUGAUGCUUCCACAUGUCCAGAAGUAUCUCUUAUCCGUUCGUUACAUCGAGGAACUGCAGAAGUUUGUUGAAGAUGAAAACUUCAACCUGUCUCUUAAGAUUGAGCCUGGAAACAGUUCUCCUCGCAUCGCUUCUUCUAAAGAAGACGUAGCAGGUCUGUCUGACGUGUCGGCCUUGGUGCGGUUCACCAGGAGACCCACCUGCCCCGACGCCUCUGUGGGAGGGGCGGUUCCUGUCCCCACCCCCCCUCCAUCUCACCACCGCAAGAGCCACAGUUUAGGAAACACCAUGAUGUGUCAGUACAGCGUGUCGGAGAGCAGGAGCGCCACAUUUGCCACUGAGCAUGCACGCCACCUGCUGGACGACAGCUUCUUGGAGUCCCAGAGUCCAGUCCGACAUGACCCUCACAGCACCUCGGUGUCCAACGGCCUGUCCUUAGACAGCAGCAAGAGCUCGUGUGGGGAGGAGCUGUCUCCUGCCGUGGGCCGGGGCCGCAUGUACGCCACGCUGGGCCCCAACUGGAGGGUUCCGCUCGCAAACUCCCCACGGAGCCACAGCUACGUUUACAGCUUCUCUGCCACCAACUCCUGUUAUGGCUGCUGUGACGCUGGAGCUGUGGCCAUGGAAGGGCCGCUGCGACGGAAAACACUGCUGAAGGAGGGCCGGAAACCAAAGUUUUCAUCAUGGACAAGAUUUUGGGUCACUCUGUCAGGGUCGAUGCUGACAUUCUUUGGAGCGAAGUCCCUCCGAGCGUACGCGAGGAAACACUAUAAGUCCAGUCCCUGUAAGACAGUCUGUGUGACCGGAUGGAUGGUGGUGUUGCCAGAAGACCCGACCAGACCCAACGACUUCCAGCUGACUGACCCAGAGAAAGGAAACACCUACAAGUUCCAGACGGGGACCAGGUUUUCAGCCAUCAUCUGGCACAAAAACCUGGAAGAGGCUUGUCGAAGCAGCAGACCUCAGAUACCAGCGAACCUCAUGUCGUUUGAGUGAGGCGCGGCGCUCUGCAACCCUCACCAACACUCAUCCAGCCCCUCCAGACUUGACUCCGCCUCUUUGUGUUCACCGUCAUCCCUGUUGAUGCUUUGAAGGCGUGACCUUAUUUUUUGGCCCAUGUUGGGUUUGUGUUUGGAUGAACGUUGACUCACAGCAGCCAAAUAGAUCGAGUUCUUUCUACUUUCAAAGGGGGUGUGUUUCUGUGUUCUGCAUUUCAUCCUGAGGACGCAUUGUGUUGGUGUCCGGCUGCGCUCAUCGAUGUGGAGCCAAGACGACGGCUACGUGACCACCACAGAUCAACACUGCUGCAAGAGGAAGCUGAUGCUUCAUCAUUAUCAAACCCAGCAGAUUCCUAAAGACGCACGGACAGUAGGAAGUGAGGACCGGACUACUUCCUAUUCCUGUUCAUCGUUUACAAACACAACAGUUAAUCUUUUCUACCAUAAAUCUCCAAGACCCUCUGUCACCCCCAGUGGCUGGCUGUGGUACCGUAGCUGAAGAGGGCGUGGCCAGCGUGAUGUGUCAGAGCUGGUGUUCUCCAAUGUGUUUGUUGCUAAGUACCUUUAUUAAAACAGCUGCUAGCUGAUUUCAAAAGAGGCGUGGCUCUGCACUGUUGAGGAAGCGAUGUGGUUGGACAACCGCUAAACUGUGGGUGUCAGUCAUGUGACUCAUGAUGAACAAGUUAUUUUGUGUUUCUUUGUGGAUUAUCGUAAACGUUAUUUUUCUGCAGCUGACAUUAAAGUUGUGCUAGCUGUUAGCUAAUGUAGGCUUCUAGCGUCUGCCUCAGACACGUCGACUUCUUCCUGGUGCCAUCUGGUUAGUGGCGUGAGGUUCCUGUUCGCCAUGUUUUGGCUUCAUUUUUGCACACUAGGACAGGAUGUGGGCGGGGCUUCCGUCAUUUGUGGUUUCAGUUUUCAAACACUACAAACUUUAUGAAACUGUGAUUGUGACAAAGAUUCAUCUUCUUUGGGUUGCCGUGGCAACCUUUGUUUUUUAAGAAAUCGAAAUCAUGAAGCGUCUGUGUUGACAGUUGUGUGUGUGUGUGUGUGUGUGUGUGUGUGUGUGUGUGUGUGUGUGUGUGUGUGUGUGUGUGUGUGUGUGUGUACAUAUUUUAUUUAUUCAUAAAAGUUUAUUUUUGACAGCUGUCCGUCACAGGGAGAUGAUUUGACUCCUGAUGUCAGAGUGGAGGAUUGUGGGGAAAAAAGACUCUGUCCUUGCUGAUGAAGCCGAAUGUGAGCGUUAACAUCCUCAGCGCGACUGCGUCAUGUCAUAGGUGUCGCACACUAGGUGGCGCUCCACACAGCUUUCAACAUUUUCACAAAAUGUUUCCACCUGUCAGUCAGCGGGCAGGGUGGGUCCAUAACUCAGCCCGAGUCCAGUCGGAUGUCCCUCAGCCAGAUGCUGAAGUGACACAUUGACCUUUGACCCCAC